AUGGAGCUUCCACGAUGUCUAAACACAGUUUUUCCUAGCCCAUCGACAACCACUUCCCCAGAAACCACUGUUAUUAUCGGAGCUGGUGUAAUAGGCUUGUCCACCGCCUAUUAUCUUGCACAAGCUCUGAACGAAACAACUUCGUAUAUGCCUCCAUAUGAACCUGAUGUUGUGGUUAUUGAUUCUUCUCAUGAUAUCUGCGCUGGGGCAUCCGGUAAAGCUACCGGUGGUCUGGGCAAUUUUGGCUUCAGGCCUGAGACUUCAUCUCUUGGAAGUCUCUCUUACAAACUCCACAAGGAACUAGCAUCAAAAUACAACGGCAGAGAGAAAUAUAAAUUCAGUGACUUGAGCAUAUACCGGGUAUCUUCAAAGAAUUUUGCUGGAAAUCCCUCACCACCAGAUUCCUGGAGUUCGUCGGCCCCAAUUGAUAAAAACAUCUCAGACCUUCCACCCUGGAUUAACCCCUCAAAUGACUGGAAAGUCCAAUUGCUUGCAGACGCACCUCACGCAGCUCAUCUUGACCCAGAACAAUUCUGUCGAUUUUUACGCCACCAGUGUGAAAAUCUAGGUGUACGAUUUCUGCUCAAUUCAGAAGUCACAUCAGUGCAAAGAGAUCAUGCUAGACAGAGCUUCACAAGUAUUACUGUUCAAACAAGAGAUACACAGGCUGCUCAUAUCGUUCCAUGCAGAGCCAUUGUAAUUGCAGCUGGUCCAUGGUCAACUCGAGUGUUCUCACAACUCUUCCCUGCCGGCCACUUGAAUUUACGAAUGGAUACCAUGAACUCUGCAGGAAAUCAUGUUCUUCUUCGAAAUCCACGAUGGGAACCUGCUCAUGACAAGAAUGGUGUCGGUCAAGUAUUCCUCAACAAUGUAGUCAACAGUUCAAAUAAUUUGGAUAUCACUGCCUUUCUGGGUGGCUAUCUGUAUAUUGGAGGCUGGGGCGCAAAGCCAGAAUGUUUGCCAGAGUUUGCAGAGGGCGUCCACAGCCAGCCUGAUGAAAUUGAGGAGAUGUUAAAGGUGUCUCGCCAGUAUUUUCACCUUGAGGACAAUGAGGAGCUUGAAAUAGUCAAACCUGGUCGUUGUUACCGCCCUUUGGCUAUCCCUAACAUACCAACUAUCACCAAAGUCAGUUGGGAAAUGCUAGGCAACCCUAAGUUUGGAUCCGAAGCUCAUUGUAGUAGUUUCAAGUUCAAUAAUUCUCCAGUGAUCGGAGGCCUAUACCUCAAUACAGGCCACAACAGCGACGGUGUCACACUCGGACCAGGGAGCGGGAAGGUGAUGAAGAACUGGAAGCGUGAUAAAUUUGAUAACUAUGAGAUUUCAAGAUCAAAUUCGUUAGUAUCCAAUGUCCAUAUAUCCAGUGUGAUAUGA